AUGAAAGCGAUGAAUUCAACUGGAUAUACCGUGAUGGAUGAUAAGCAGUUAGAACUGGUAUACGGUGCUGGCUCACCGUACGCUAACUCCACUACAUAUGAAAGGCUUCGCAAAGUUCCUGCAAAAGAGAUUCCGCAGGUCAUAGAGCGUACAAUCAAGGAUGUGGCGAACGAGGUGAUAGCGUUCAAAGCCCGACGGGAGAAGGACAUUGUGCUGUCUCCCAUUGUUCUGACGACG